AUGUGGACAAAGCAAAGCAAAAUGGCCGCCCUACAGGAAGCAUACAUUCGAGUGGCUUCCUUAUUUGAGAUUUUGGAACUAAAUGCGCAUCAGAAGCGGGCAAUUCAAGCAAUUGUGGUCGAUAAGAAGGAUGUCUUUGUAAACUUGCCGACUGGGUUCGGAAAAUCGCUUAUUUAUCAAUCUGUCCCGUUCGUGUUUGACCAUGUAAACAAGAGUGCAGGUCACAUUGUUGUAGUUGUGUCGCCAUUGGUAAGCCUCAUGGACGAUCAGGUUAAAAUUCUGACAGAUCUUGGAUUGUCUGCAAUAAGUAUCAGUUCACAAGAGGAGUUAGACGUUACAAAGAUUGAGAAGGGAGAAUAUUCUAUUGUCUUCGGCUCACCUGGGGCAUGGCUAAUGAAUGGUCGCUGGCGAAGAAUGUUAGACAACCAUGUCUAUUCGAAUAAGCUCUGCGCCGUGGCAAUUGAUGAAGCUCAUGUCCUAAGGCAGUGGUAA